GUAAAUGUGGCUUUAUUGGUGUUUUAAGGCUUGAUUUAAAAGCGCGUCAUUCGUCAUUCAAUCAUGCAAGAUUGAUUUUUUUUGUGUAUCAAAUGUUGAUUUUGUGAUCCAUAAUUAUUCUGUUAUUGUACUAUAUAACUGGAAGCAAAUUGAAACAGUCAUCAAAAUGGAGAAAGUGUUACUACUUCUGGCAGGAGUUUCUGUUUUAUAUGCUCUGGAUAAUGGGCUGGGCCGCACACCGCCGAUGGGCUGGAACUCUUGGGAGCGCUUUAGGUGUAAUGUUGAUUGUGACAAUGACCCAGAAAACUGCAUUGGAGAGAAACUCUACAUGCAAAUGGCGGAUAGGAUGGCUGCUGAUGGCUACAAAGACGCUGGUUAUGAGUAUGUGAAUGUUGAUGACUGCUGGAUGGCCAAGGAACGGGGACCUGAUGGCAAGCUGCAGGCCGACCCCAAACGCUUCCCUAGUGGCAUGAAAGCUUUGGGUGAUUAUAUUCACAGUAAAGGCCUGAAGUUUGGUAUCUAUGAGGACUUUGGAACACAGACUUGCGGGGGAUUUCCAGGCAGCAAAUUCUUCAUGGAGACUGACGCCCAGACAUUUGCUGACUGGGGGGUGGACCUCCUGAAGCUGGACGGUUGCUAUAGUAACAUAGAGGAUAUGACAUCUGGUUAUCCUAUCAUGGAGUUUUUCCUGAAUAAGACCGGAAGACCCAUUCUCUAUUCCUGCAGUUGGCCAGCUUACUUUGUUGCUUAUAAAAAAAUACCUGACUACAAGGCCAUCGCCAAGAGCUGUAACAUCUGGAGGAAUUACGAUGACAUCCAGGACUCAUGGGACAGUGUGACAGAAAUCGUCAACUACUACGCCAAGAACGAGGGAAACUUCUUUGAGGUGGCUGGUCCAGGCAGUUUUAAUGAUCCUGACAUGCUGAUCAUUGGAAACUUUGGCUUGAGUCGGGACCAGCAGCGGGCACAAAUGGCCAUGUGGGCGAUUAUGGCUGCCCCACUGCUCAUGUCGGCUGACCUCAGGAAGAUGGACCCUUACUCCAAGUCUAUACUGCUCAACAAAGACGUGAUUGCUAUAAACCAGGACCCAAUGGGACAGCCAGGGUCAAUCAUACUGGAUAUGAACCAAAUACAGAUAUGGUUUAGACCUGUGAUGCCAAAGGGGAGUGCUGCUUUUGCUGUUCUUUAUACUGGGUCCUAUGGCACACCGGAAAAGUUGAGUUUGAAGUGUGAGACCCUUGGAAUGGUUGGAUCAGGGGGCUACAAUGUGACGGAGGUGUUUGAUGGACGUUACGUGGGAAUGUUUAAAUCCGCAGACAAUAUUAACAUCACCGUGAACCCCUCGGGAGUUUUCCUCGGGAAAGCUGUAUACCUAGGAAACUAGACCCACGAACAGUUAGUGAUACUGAGGCUGUGACCAUUGAUCUCGCAAUCAUUGGACUGUUCAUGCAAACUUUAUUUUGGUAUAUCUGAAAUUUUAAUGCAAUCAGAUUUUUAUUUACUGUUAAUCAUUUAACAGCCUUUACAUUGGGUAUUUCCUGCUAAAUUUAUGUUUGUGUAUUUAAUGUUUGUGUAGUUAAUUAUUUAUCUGUUAGUUAUUGAAACACUCAUAUCUUGGCAUUUAUGUAUUCAAUAAACUAUAUAUAUACAACAUGUCCACACACAAACCUUUGUUCCUCUCCAUUACUGAAUGCAUUCCAAUGAAAUUGCCUUUUGAAAUAUUUUUGCUAUUGUAAUACAUUUGACAGAUUUAACAGACAGGUUGGAUUAUUAUAAAGCUAUGUACAGAAUCAGAAAUAAUAUAAUCCAAACAAAUUUUUAUAUGCAUAUUUUUGUGUUGUAUUUUUACCAAGUUUCUGCUUUAGUUAAUACCUUAGCUUCUCUUUUUGCAUAAUUGUUCAAUAUUCACUAUUGUGAAUUAUGUAGAUGAAUUAGUUUGAAUCGUUUAAGGGAUAUGAAUUUUCUCAGGUUUAGAUUUCUUAUAUAUAACAGAAUCAUGUUGAACAAUUAUUUUGUGAAUUAAGUCUGCUUGAUCAUGUAUUGUGUUACAGUACUGUGAAAUCUCUACAUGUUUGUAGUGAGUAGGUCAUGUACUUAAAGUGUGUGAUUGUACAGAGCGGGAUUUAAUACUCUUUGAGAAAUAAAAUAUAUAAAAUGGUA